AGGAGAGAAAUGGCGGCGUGUCUGAGGGGACGCCGGCUCCCGAACCCGUGAGGUGGUUAAGUGGGGGGAGGGGAGGGGUGCCGGCCCCUGCCUCUCUCCCUCUCCCCAGCACCUUCACCCCGAGAUAGUGGCGGUAGUGUUGGGGGAGGGGAGAACUCAGGUCAAAAAUAUGGACAAAACAAGCAGGAAGAAGUAGGGUAUAAACAAGGCCAGUCACGUGAGAGAUGGAGCAGCAGCCAGAGAGGAUGAAAACCUUGGCUUUCCUGGCUGACUUGGGCAAACCUACUCUUCGGGGCAUCAAAAAGUGCCCCAAGUGUGGCACCAUCAAUGGCACUCGUGGACUGAGCUGCAAGAAUAAAAGCUGUGGUGCUGUCUUCAGGGAUGGCGUGCGGAAGCAGCAACCCAGCAUCGAUGCUGUUCGCAUAGUCACGGGAUCUGCUUCGCAGGUGUACUCAGUGAGGCUUCGGGAUCGAGGACCUGAUUACCGGGGCUUUGUGGAACUCGGCACAACAGAAGCAAUUCAGACGGUCGAUGGCACCGUUAUUACGCAUGUGACCAGCCGCUGCCUAGUCCCCACCUGUUUCAAAGUGACCUCACAGGAGGUCUCCGAGAAUCAGUGCCAGCACAUUAAGCUCGCCAUGGAGUGCCAUGUGGAAGCCACUCCGCACACUCUGAAGAGCUCUGUGCUGAACUCUCUCCAGGUGUCUGCUGAGACCAAGCAGGCCAUCUGGACCCUGGCGACUGAGUCGAGCGGACCCCUGGUGCAGAGGAUCACCAGGAGCAUCAUGGUGGUGAAGUGCAAAGCUAGCCCCAAGCACAGUUUGGGCUUCCUGCACGUUUCGUUCCACGAGAAGGCUAGGCUGAAAGGUGUGACAGAGCGCAAGUUCUACUGCUCCUGCCAGGCUUUCAAAACCAGUAAAUCCAGCUCCAACAAAGAGGAGCCACCGAAACGAUGCAUUCACUUCUACGCGUGUGUCUGUGCUUUUGCCAGUGAUGAGAAGCUGGGGAAAGAAUUUUCCUACUUUAUCAACUUUGAUUCCAUGAGUAGGUGCAGAAGUUCUGGGCUUCAGGCAAAUUCUGAGACACAGCUGCUGGCACUUUACCCCCAGGACCACCCCUCCCAAGCCGCAUCAAGUGCGGUUUCGAAAGCAAAGAAGAAGAAAAAAGAAGACAUAGCUGUGAGUCAACCCAUCGAUGAGUCCCAAGUAACGCUGACAUUUCAACAUUGGCUUGCUAGCGUCACAGAGCGCAUCAAUCAAACUAUGCAUUACCAAUUUGACGGGAAGCCUGAACCACUGGUGUUCCACGUUCCUCAGAUUUUCUUUGAUGCCCUGCAACAGAGGAUUUCGAUGGGAAGCAAAAAGAAACGCCUUCCCAACUCCACCACAGGAUUCGUUCGGAAGGAUGCAGUGCCUCUGGGAACAUUCUCCAAAUACACUUGGCAGAUCACAAACAUUCUUCAAGUCAAGCAGAUAUUUGAUACCCCAGAGAUGCCCCUGGAGGUCACACGCAGUUUUGUUGAAAACCGUGAUGGCACCUACGAGUUGUUUAAGUGUCCAAAGGUGCAGGUAGAGAGCAUUGCAGACGCUUACAGCCGAGUGGAGAAACAGCCAAGCAUUCGACCACUGGAACUCAAGACUUUCCUGAGAGUCGGCAACAUGUCGCCUGAGCAGAAGGAACCCACUCCGUUUAUUAUUGAAUGGAUCCCAGAUAUUCUGCCCAAAUUGAAGAUCGGGGAAAUGAGAAUUAAGCUGGAGUACGGUCAUCACCGGAACGGACACGUCGAGUAUAGAGAACAGCAGCCAUCUCCGGAACAAAGCCUUGAGCUUAGCCCUUCCCUUGCCACCAUUAAUAUUCAUUGAAAUCCAGGGAGUCAUUCGGCUAUCGCUGUCACCUCUUUUUUGGAGGUAGGUAAAAGAAAGAAAAUCCCAAACACCAGUCUAAUGGAACUCGAAAGGAACUCUGGAAUCAAGCCUGAAGCUUGAUGAAGAUCUGCAGCGAAACCAUGUGGGUUUGAAGGCUUGGUCGACUCUGACCAUUGGAGGACAGGCAAUUCAUGGGUUGCAUUUAAUAGCAGUUAAUACGUUUGACCCUUCUACUUGCAAUCCAAAGCACUUAUUCACUUAGACAUUGAAACUGCAUCACAGUAUUUUAAAGCUCCUUCCUGCUAGCACCAGCUACAUUUUGAUUUCCUUUCUCUUCUGUAUAGGAAGUUGCUGACGUAUCAUGCAAAUACUAAACAAUGCUCACCUACGAGAAGUCAUUUUGAACUGGGUAUCCAGCUUAUAUCUGAUUUGAUUCCUUUCUGUCGUCAGGGAUAAUGGCUCAAGUUUGUGUCACAGUAUGUCUCACAAAACAAAAAUGAGAGAUGUGUUGUGAUAUCUGCAGAAACACUACAUUUGUAUUCUCCAGUUGCACGCCAGACCAUUCCUGAGGGACCUGUUAACUCUGGAGAGACUCGUGCCAGACUCUGUCAGUACUGGCAUUUGCCUGACAGCCUCCAAGGUGGCAUCUUAGAAUUUGUCAUUGACAGCAGUUAAGGGCCUAUCCAACGUGCAAAAGCUGUUGAGAACAGUCAAAGAGAAUUUUUAUCUUUGCAGUACAUGUAGCAGUGACUGCAAAAAAAAGUUCUUAAAAUAAGUUUGACUGUUUUUUCAUGAUUCCAUAUUGUGUGCUUGCAUAUCAGAACUGAAUAACAAGCUGUACUUGCAUUGUAGCACCUCAUCAUACCCCAAAAUGCUUCACAACUCAUUAUUUUUCAAGUGCAGGAGACCAAAUUCCACCAAUAGCACCCCUAAAUUACCCUGUUUUUUUUAUUUCAUUGGUGGUGUUGCUUAAGGUGAAACAUGGUACUGGGUUCACCUCUUGCUGCUCUUUGAAUAGUGGAAUCUAUCACACCCAUCUGAAUAUGCAUCUGGAGUCUCUUUUAUAGCUGAAGACAGCAGCUCUGAGUGUGCAGUACUUCUCCGGUACUGCAUUGAAGUGUCUGCCUAGGUUGUUUGCUAAGGUCCUAUAAUGGACUUGAACUUCCAACCUUCUAACACAGAGCUAAGAAGAGAACAAUACUUUGUUUCUUAUUGAAUAUUUCCCUCUCUGGAUUGUCCUUGGCAUCUAUAGAUCUGUAAUUUGCAUUCUUAUAGCACUUCUCAGGAUGUCCUUAAGCCAUGUAUAGACAAUGAUGUGUUUUUGAAGUUAGUUGCUUUUUUAUGAUAGGGCAACACAGCAACCAGUUUACCAUCAUACUGUCCAGAAACAGCAGUGAGAACUGAAGAACAGUGACAGCAGACUUGAAACAUUAACCCUUUUUUUUACUCUCCACAGGUGCUGCCAGACCUGCUGAGUUUCUCCUGCAUUUUCUGUUAUUAUUCCUCUAGAAUAAAUCCUCAGUUCUCAUCCUGGUGAAUGAUUCUGUCUGUGUGCAUCCUCCAUACUGUUUGAGUAUCAAUGCUGUUGGGCCAAAUUGGCACUUCAGAAGUGCCAGUCAUUGACCACUGAGAAAGAGAGAGGAACUGCCAUCUCCCUAUGUUCUUCACUGCUAUCAUUAUUCUGGAGGCCUGUACCAGCAAGAACCAGACCCUGACAUCAUGAGUCACGGUAGAGAGGGUGACCAACAAAGUGACCGUGAUGCAUUUCUGCAGUUCAUCAUACACCCUGCAGCCACAGAGCAUUGCUGGAUAUUGAAUCUGGUGGCAGGGGUACUAAUCAAGUGAUCAGUUCUGACUUGUAUGCAUGUUGAGUAGUCAGAGAUCUUUGCACUGCAUCUAUCCAAGUUCACCCGAAUUCGUUUCAAACUGCACACAUUUAUGCUGUUAUUGCUGCAUUUGAUAUAUUACAAAUUUAAUUUACCAUUAAAAAAACACAAAAUAAUGAGACUUUACAGAGGCUGUUAAACAUUUAUUUGCCUACAGGAUAUGGGCAUCGCUGGUUGUACACAUCUGUUGUACACCCCUACUUGCCUGGACAUAGUCUGGCUGGAGUCACAUAGGUGAGACCUGGUAAGGAUGGCAGAUUACUAAAGGGCAUUAAUGAACCAGAUGGGUUUUGAAUGACAGUUGACAGUAGCUGUCCACUGUUGGACCAGGCUUUUAAUUCCAGAUUUUUUAAAAAAUUCAAUUACAUUCCACCACCUGCCAGGGUGGUGUUCGAACCCAUGUCCUCAGAACAUUAGCCUGAGGUGCUGGAUUGUUAAGUCUCUUGACAUUACCACUGCCUCCCCACUUGGUGGGUUCUGUUCCUCUCCCUGCUAACUGUCUCGUGUCAGAAUCAGACUAUUCUGCAACUUGGAAGUUGUACUCGGCUUCCAAUCACCUAUCCCUUCCAUUUCAAAGAUCAUUUCUGUAACCUCGUCCAACUCCAUUGCUGCCUCAGUCACCUGCUGUGGAAACUUUCGACCCGUGCCUUUGUUACUUCUAGACCUGACUAUUCCUGUACUCUCCUGGCUAGCUUCUCGCUCUGCGUCCUUUGUAAUCCCUGGCUCAUUCGAAAUUCUGCUGUCUUUAUCCUACAGCUCACCAAGUUACUCAUUCAAAAGCAAAAUACUGUGCAUGCUGGAGGUGUGGCCAGGGGAGAGGAGGAGGAAUGGAAAGACUGCUGAAAAUAGUCUGAAAGAUCUGGCGGUGCCUACAGGGAGAAGCACUGUUGGUAACAGACCUAGGACGUCCACCCCGUUUCUCUCUCCAUAGAUGUUGCCGGAUGUGUUUCCGGUUUUAAUUUUGCACCGAGUGCUACUGUCUCUCUCCACCUUCAAGAUGUUCCUUAAAUCCUGCUUCUCUGACCGAGGUUUUGGCUAACCCGUCUUGAGUCUCUGAAUUUGGCGCGGUGUCGAAUGACGUUUGAUGUUCCUGCGAAGCAACGCAGGGUGUCUUACUAAAUUAAAGGCACUAUAUAAAUGCAA